AUGUCGGGUGAGUUUUUAUAUUACAAAACAACUACUCAUGAUUGUUUUGCAGACGUCGUAAAACAAAUCACCAAUGUUAUCCAAUUAUACGAAAAUAAUUUCAACAAAUUGGAUAUAUCAAAUUUCGCACAAAUUGCACAUGUUGGAGCAAUUGUAGCUAGAAUAAGAUCGGGAAUUCAACUAGAAAACGAAGUAAUCGAUAAAUUAAGAGAAUUAGAAAAACAGAUUGCUAUAUAUUCUAGAAAAAUGGACAAGCAUUUUGAUCAAGUUAAAGAGCUUAUGGGCGAGAAUAGUUUCUAUGCGGAAGUUGCGAUGAAUGCACCAAUGCUUAUGAAACUAAUGCGUGAUACAUUGAGUCAACCGACUUCGAAUAUGUUUGAGGAUGCUUGUAGAAGACAACCACCAUUGCAUGAUGCAUAUGUGAGUAGGGAACACACAGUUUUACUUUUUAAAAAACCGGAAAAUUUGUUUUAAUUGAAAUUUCAAGUCGACUUUGCCAAAACUCACAGAAAUUUCAGCGGGUUUUCACGAUGAAAAACCGUCAAAACACAUUUUUUCAGAAACUGAUCAGUCUCAUCGAGCAAAAAUCAACAAACCCGUUGAGAAAAGCCAUGGCUGCAGAAUCUUUGCCAUCAAGAAGCACAUUUAACAAAUGGCAUGAUAAUAUCAUGCGUGUUAUUGGGGAAUUUGUAAGUUUCGCUUAGCUCAUACAUAAUCAUACUUAUUUUAAAUUUAGUAUAUUCUCGAACUAUACAUCAAUGGUCUAUUCUGGGAUACAAAUAUGUAUGGACCGAAUCAAUUGAAAUCUAGAAUUGAAACAUUGCAAAACGAUGUAGAAAAUUGGCGAAUUGAUUAUGAGAAUAAAGUGGUUUGGCCGGAAAAGGCGAGAGCGUUGAUUGAGAAAAUACAAGAUGUUGGGAACCGGGAGAAGUUGCAAAAUGCCUUUGACGAUAUUCUAACUACGUAAGAAGGGGACAUCUUUUUCAGAAGCCUUCAAAAGCACUUCUAAACCCCUAAAAACCUUAACUACUCUUAAAAUUAUCUUAUUUCAGUGACAUAUUCUACAUUCAAGUGUACAAUCAAUGUAGCGAUUCUAACAGGCACACUUUUCAUUCGGACCCUUCUCAAACAAUCAUUUCCUGCCGUCGUGGUGGAUGUUGUGUGAUUGUAUAUCGAAGUAGACAUGCGAAAAUUACUAGGUUUGCCUGAAGAUAGGCCUAAAAUGAUGAUCACAAUUUUCAGAGAUGGGACAUCAAGUCUAAAUAUUCAUGAAAAAUUCAAACUUAUCUUGCAAAUUCGAGCAAAUAUCGAUAGAUUGCUUCAAAUUUUCCCGGAUUCUACGGAAAUUCUAUCAUUGAAUAUUGCAUUUUUGAACUACGAAGAUAUUAUUGAGGAUUAUAAGAGAAAUCCUGAUAUUUCUAUGGAUGAAAUUGAGAAGAUCCCGAGUGAUGAAUUCAUGAAAAAAUAUUGGAAAUUGAUGGAGUUGAUCGCAUUUUCUUGA